ACAUCACAGAUGUAUGUAUGGAUGAAACUGCCGGUUCCAGUGAUCCAGUUAUAGCAUUUUUGUUGGAUGAAGUGGUAGUGAAGGAUUGGUGCAAGAGGACAUUCACAAAUAUCAUAGCUGAACUACAGGGAAUUUAUAAUCUUGAUGUUUUUCAAAUGAAAGAGAAAUUGAAUUCACUUCUGAGAUUUUCAUUACACUUGAAAGGCAUAUCAAAUGUGCUAGACAUUUUGGAGUCAUCUUUUAAGGGUACUCUUUCAGCACAACUUCAUGAUUUGCAUCAUCUACAAGAGAGCGUGUUAAAGACAAAGCAGCAUCUGGAGAUUAUUGUCUGGUGUACAAGACAUUUUUUCUUGGAGAAUGUGAGAUCUCGUUUUACCAAUAGUUCAUCAUGGGCUUCAGAUGUCCGCAAACGGAAAUCAGAAGCAAUUAGACGUGCUUGGCCUGAUGCAAUAAGUCAACCUGUGGAGUCAACAGGACAUGUUGGAUCUCUAUUUAUUGAAGAUGCAUUGAAUAAUCUUGAUUUGGAGGAGGGCUUAAUACAGGGAGGUGAUGUUGCAUCCUUGCAGAAGGAUGGAGCAUUGGUUUUCCAGUCUGAUACUGAUCGGCUGUUGGGUUGCUAUCCAUUCAAAAAUCUUCAUGCUGCUGCUGACUUACUCUUUUUACGUGGAAGUUCUGAUGUUGUGCUUGCCAAACAAGCAAUCUUUCUGUAUUAUUUGUAUGAUCGUCACUGGACAAUUCCUGAUGAAGAAUGGAGGGAGUUAAUAGAGGACUUUGCAGUGACAUUUAAUAUUAGCAGGCAUUCAUUACUUGAGUCUUUUACUUUUUAUCUCCUGGAUGAUGAUACUGAGGAGGCUUUACAGGAAGCUUGUCGCCUUCUUCCUGAAAUUUCUGGCGCAGCAUCACAUCCUAAAAUUGCUGAAGUACUGUUAGAAAGGAAUAGCCCUGAUACAGCCCUGAUGGUUUUAAGGUGGGCUGGUCAUGAUGGUGGGCCUCGUAAUAUUUCACUUAGAGAUGCUGUCACUGCAGUGCGGGUAAGGAUCGAGUGUGGACUUCUGACUGAAGCAUUUAUUCAUCAGAGGAUUCUCUGCACAAGAGUGAAAGAAAAGAGUUUCAAUAAAGGAGCACCUUUGGAGACUGCUGAUGUACCAAAAGGGCAAUUUAGUAAUUGGGUGGAGGUCUUGGUAACCGAGAUUUGUUGCCUCUGUAUUAGGAGGAACUUAGUGGAUCGAAUGAUAGAAUUACCAUGGAAUUCUGAAGAAGAGAAAUAUAUACACAAGAGUCUUUUGGAUUGUGCUACUGAAGAACCCCUGAGGACUACUGGAAGUCUUCUUGUUGUUUUUUAUAUGCAGCGUUACAGAUACUCUGAAGCAUACCAAGUUCAUAUUCAACUUGAAAAGCUUGAGCAAGAUGCCAUUUCAAAAGGUUCUAUCCAAGAAGAAUUUCUACCAAGAUUAGAAACAGUUAGUCGCUGGAGGACCAAAUUGAUUAAUAGGUGCUUGGAGUUGCUUCCAGAAGUUGAGCAGCAACAAGUGAGAAGUGGAAACUUGACUGAAGGUGGUAUUACUUCUCAUGAAGAAGUUACAAUUCCUGCUAAGAUUGAUGUUCCUCGGACUCGGGAAUCCCGGUCAACGAGUCUAUUGAUUCCCUCAUCCACAGAUUCUUCCGACAUGCUGCAUGGAGAUCAUACAUUUGGUUUAUUGAGUUCAUCGACUUUAGGAACUUCAACCAAAUUAGGCAUGCCUUUUCCUACUAUUGGGCCCGAAUUUGGUAAUUUUGGCACCCCAUCAGAUCGUCAUGAAGGAUUAAUCACUAGUAAUAUGAGGUUUUCAAAUAAUCAAGGUAAAAGUGGCAAAAUCCUUAGGUACGAUCACACUCUAACUCCAAAGAAUCAUGGGAUCCGUUUCAUGAAUGAUUCAGCUCUGAAGGGUGCUAACAAAACAUCACCAAACAAUUCCCAAGAAAAUAUGCGGGACAAAAUGUCACCAGAUGAACGGAGUGCGCUUUUUAGCCAUACCAAAAAAGCCAGUCCUAUGUACUCCUUGAAGGCUUCAGCCAGCCCCGUUAUUGGAUCCAUGCGCAGCCAUUCCAAAGAAUUUGCCGAUAACUUUCCUAAUAUAUCUAGUAAGAGUGUCCAAUCACAUAAAGGUGAUAGAAGUUGGAAUGCAGCGUCUGCUAAUGAUCCAAUGGACGUUUCUUGGAGCCAUAUGGAGACGAGAUUAGAUGCCAGAGAAAAUAUCAAUGGUGGACCUAGGUGGAGAUCUGACGAAACCAGCGAUGAAGAGGAGCAGGGUCUGGAAAGAGCUAUGGAUAUAGUUUACCAUGCAACUCCAACUAGAACAAAUAGGCGAAGCAGGUUUACCAAGAGAUGAGACUACAUUUCUGAGAAAAAAGGGGUUUCUUGUAUUUUUUUUCUGGAUAGAAACAGGGAAAGACCAGCGAAAGAGAGUUAUUUUCAGUUCAGAUUUGUAUCUUAAAGGAGUUUUUACUUGGACAUUUACGCUGGUCUUAGUUGUGCAGCUAAUAUUUCGAUGAAGGAAAUGUUAGUCUUAAAAAGUACAUUGUGUUGGCCUUUUCCUUUUCCGUUCAGCCUUUAUCCGAAUUAUAUAUUUCAUGGUUGGAACUUCGAAGAAUGAUUCAUAAAAAAAAUCAUAUCAUGUUUUAAGCAAA